CUUAUUCUUUUCCUUUCUUCUUCCAUAAUAAUCCCUCAGUUUCAUCCUUUAAUCAUAUUCUUUGCUUUUUGUCAAUAAUUUCAUCCUACAAAUCUUGCUAAAUUCAGCAUCUACAACAAAGAUUUUGCUCUCAAUUCAUAAUGUCUUCCAAACACCUUGCAUCUUCUACUCAUUCAGAGCUUAGGAUUUUUGAGGAAUUUGAUUAUAUGGAUUUGAUUAAUAAUCUUCACCAUUUUGAUAAGCUUAGGAUAGACGACUCUGAGAGGUCAUUGCCCACUCGACCUCCUUCGACCAUGUAUUCUCGUGGAGAUCACGCGCCAAGCAACCAUAGAGAAGCUGCAAUUGGUUAUGAUCACUUCAAUAUGAGCUAUUUCCAUGAGACUCGAAAUAUUUGUGCUGAGCUGCCUGUUGAGAAAAACGAAGGUGUUAAGUAUCAAAACUGGGACGAUGUUCCAUAUUUGAAUUUCGAGAGCAAAAAUAAAAAUGGAAAUCCUAAUAAUGACGUAAGAAAUAAUCAAAUGUCUUCAGAUGUCUCCACGGAUUCGGUGAACAAUUGCAGUAGCUCCAAAAGAAAGAGGGAGAAAUCAAAAGUGGAAGAGGAAAAUAAACCUAUCUCAGGGCCGCGUUGUAAUUGUACGAAAAGCGAGUGUCUAGAUCUAUCUUGCGAAUGCUUUACAAGUGGUAUGUAUUGCGGCGAAGAUUGUGGCUGUACGGAUUGCUUCAACAAUCGUUUGUAUGAGGACACAGUUGAGGUUGUAAAACAACAGAUUCUAUCACACAAUCCCUCGGCUUUUGCUACAAAAAAGGUAAAGGAAAGGAAAACAAUAGCUUCAUCUUCAGAAAGAAGAGGAUGCAACUGCAUCCAUUCAAAGUGUCGGAAAAAAUAUUGUCCAUGCUUUCAGGCAGGAGUUCCUUGCACUGAAGCAUGCCAUUGUCAAAAUUGUCAAAAUCCUUGUGGCAUCCGACCAAGUAAUUCAGUAGCAGGAUCAAGUCAUGGAAAUAGUAUUAGUGAGGAAAUGAGUGACAACUUUCAGUUGUUCAAGGAUUGAGACAAGUUCCCAAUAAUUUCUCAUCAACAUCAACAUAUUGGAGUAAUACUGGGUAGUUUUAGGCCUAAUUUUUCCCAUACAUGAAUUAUUAUUCUAAUGGAAGU